UAGAGUUGAUAAACCCUAAAAAUCUCAAACAGCGGUUCUCGCACUAAAAGUACGAUAUUGCCGCCGUAUAACUUGGAUAAUCUCUUCAGCCGCCGUUCAAUUGCAUCGUCUCCACCGAGAGAGAGAAAGAAUAGAUAAAGUAAUGGCUGAAGAAGAAGCUAAGGUAGUGGCUGUAGAAGAACCUAAAGUGAUGGCUGUAGAAGAAGCUAAUAAGGGAUUGGACUACAUACCUGAGGUUAUACUUAAGAAGAGGAAGAACAGAGAUGAGCUUGCCUUUAUCAGGAAGAAACAACUUGAGUUGGGUAAUUUCGGUAAGAAGAAGAAGAAAGUUGCUGAUAUCAAACGACCUGAAGACUUUGUUCUUGAGUUCAGGGCUAAGGAAAUAGAUCUUAUCCGGAUGAAGCAGAGGGUUAAGAGGCCAAGGGCAAUUCCUCCACCAGUAAAAUCAAACCUCGUUUUCAUCAUACGCAUACAAGGCAAGAACGAUAUGCACCCAAAGACCAAGAAGGUGCUUAACAGUAUGCAACUAAGGAGCACUUUCUCUGGUGUAUUUGCCAAAGCAACUGAUGGUUUGUUUCAAAAGCUUCUCAAAGUGCAGCCUUACGUCACUUAUGGGUACCCGAAUGGUAAGAGCGUUAAGGACCUUAUCUUCAAAAAGGGAUACACAAUAAUAGAAGGCAAUCCUGUUCCUCUUACCGACAACAACAUAAUCGAACAGGCUCUAGGAGAACAUGGUAUCUUUUGCAUAGAAGACAUUGUGAAUGAGAUAGCAAGAGUUGGUGAUCAUUUCAGAGAAGUUAUGAGAUUCUUGGGACCCUUGAAACUCAACAAGCCAGAGGCUGGUGUCUUGCACGGGAAGAAACAAGUUUUCAGCGAAGGAGGAGAUACUGGAAAUCGUGAAGACAAGAUCAAUGAUCUCAUCAUCAAAAUGAAUUAGAAGCAUUCAGCAGAGAUACUUUACUAUUUUCCUUUAAAAACUCUGUAUGUCUAAAAACAAACCACUUGAAAAACGCCACUGCAAUUUUGCAUUGUUUUGCUUCAUAAUGAUUUCGUUGGCUUCAGAGCAUAUAUUAUUCACAUGUGAUGCAAACAGAGUAACCAACUACAUAGCGAGUGGAUCUAAAGCUUUGUAUUUUAUCAAC